UCUCGCGGCUCUGAGUUACGGCGCUGCAUUGCUGCUGCGGCUUUCGUAGGCACGUUCGGCGCGGAGAGGGAGAUAAAGGGCAGUUAAUAAAAAUUGUUCAAAACCACGGGGUAAAAUACGUAACACGGAGAUUCAGUGACGAGAUCGGCCCGCGAUCAGUCCGCGUCGAGCGCGGAAUCGACCACGGAGGAUAACGCGACGAGCUCGCGAGCGAAUUUCGAUUCCACGCGCCAAGAAGCGCGCCGGUUUCGCUUGCUGCUGGUGCAGUCGGCGUGUGAAAGGCGCGCGUAUAAGGAGCAAGAUAACGAUAAUUAAUCCCGGUUUCAUCCCUUCAGCGUUCGGAUUGUGAUUCUACGCCAGCGGCCACCAGCGAGACAAGAUGAUAAUCGUGAGCAGCGUGUUGCUGAUAUUGGCGGUCGUGUCGAGAGUCGGAUGCCAGCGGAACACUCCGAGGAGCGCGAGAGCCAGCAGAAAUGAAGCCGUCCUGGAAUUCGAGUGCCCCGAGGAAUUUGGAUAUUACCCUCAUCCCCGCGAUUGCACGCAGUAUUACGUGUGCGUUUUCGGCGGCGCUCUGCUGGAGUCGUGCACGGGGGGUCUCAUGUACAGCCACGACUUGCAGACGUGCGACUGGCCGCGAAAUGUAGGCUGCCCGGAAGGAGGCUUGCCUCACAAGGAGGCCGAGGAGGAUCCCUUGUUGGAGAGAUCCGCGAAACUCGACCUGCAGGAGCAGCAGCAGCAACAGCAUCAGCACAGACAGCAGCAGCAACUACGAGAUCAGCAGCAGCAGCAGCAACAACAACGGCCGAUUCAGAGACAACCGAUCUCGAUUACGAGCACCUCACCGCCGGUCUCGCAGAUCACUGAGAGGCAGUUGCGACGACAGCAUUCCAGGACUAAUUACCACGAAGAUGAGUACGGUCCCGCCUCGGAAAUUGAAAACGAUCGGCAGCAACGGGUGUACCGCGGACAACCUUCGACGAUCGGUCAGGUACAGCGUGACCGCGACGGUCUGCGACGGAACAUAAUAGCGGAGAGAGAGAAGGAGAGCCUGGUGAGCGCACGUGCCCAAGCCGAGACUCAUUACAGAACGCCCGUUCCGACUUCCGAAUCACCAAGACUCGCUAAAACUCUGGCCUCGACUGUAACACCAGUCCUGUCCAAGGCUUAUUACAGCGAUCCUGAUCAAAGUUAUCCGUACUAUACGAUCUACGACGACGAUGUAUCUAUCUACAAAGACGACGAUUACAAUCAAUAUACCGUGAACCAUACGGUGCCGGUGCAGCAGCCGAACGUGAAAAUCAGCGAAGUGAAUACGAAGCAAUAUCAGAAGCCGAAGAAGGUUGCCGUGAAUGAGGCGGACAAGUAUAAUCUCAAUCAGGACGUGCAAGACUACGAUAUCUACGAAAAUCAAGCUCAACUGAAUAAGAACAAGUUCCGCAUAUCUGACGGCCAGCAAUUUAGGACGAACGUGCUCACCCAUCCAGUGGUCCACGUGACAACGCCAAACGUCAUCGUCGAUACCUUUAUUCCUUUGACUACGAGCACGCAGACUCCCAGCACGACCAGCAGGCCUUACACCGUCAACGCACCGAGCCGAGGUCGGCCGCAGCAGAUCCAUCGGGGCACGGCACCGCCACGAUCCCGACCCACCCUAAAGCCGUCCACCGAGAUCGUUUCAAAGGCCCAAGAGUUUAUUGACAUCUACAGAUAUCCUCCGUCGAGACCGUACCCAAUCUACCCGACUCCUCAGGUAGACAAACCGGCGGCGAAAUGCCGCAAGGACGUCUGCUUGAUUCCGGACUGCAACUGUGGUGGUAUCGAUAUCCCAGGUGACUACCUGCCGGAGGAAAUACCGCAAAUCGUUCUCCUGACCUUCGACGACUCGGUGAACGAUCUGAACAAGGGUCUCUACGCCGACUUGUUCGAGAAGGGACGAAAGAACCCCAACGGCUGUCCCAUCUCGGCCACCUUCUACGUGUCCCACGAGUGGACCGACUACAGCCAGGUCCAAAAUCUCUAUGCCUCGGGCCACGAGAUUGCCUCCCACACGGUCUCGCACAGUUUCGGCGAACAGUUUUCGGCGCGAAAGUGGGCGCGAGAAGUUGCUGGGCAGCGUGAAAUUCUGGCGGCUUACGGAGGCGUCAAGCUGGAGGACGUCAGAGGAAUGAGGGCUCCCUUCUUAUCGGUCGGCGGAAACAACAUGUUCAAGAUGCUCUGGGACACAAACUUCACGUACGAUUCCUCCAUGCCUAUCUAUGAGAACCGGCCGCCUAGCUGGCCUUACACGCUGGAUUAUAAGCUCUUCCACGACUGUAUGAUACCGCCUUGUCCCACGAGAUCGUAUCCAGGAUUGUGGGAAGUUCCUAUGGUAAUGUGGCAAGAUCUCAAUGGCGGUAGGUGCUCCAUGGGAGACGCCUGCAGCAACCCACCGACUCCGGACGGCGUAUACAAGAUGCUCAUUAAGAACUUUGAGAGGCAUUACACGACUAACAGGGCGCCUUUCGGUCUGUUCUACCACGCCGCAUGGUUCACUCAGCCCCAUCAUAAGGAGGGCUUCAUAUCGUUCCUCGAUACGAUCGUCGGGAUGGACGACGUGUGGGUAAUCACCAACUGGCAAGCCAUACAGUGGAUAAGGAAUCCGACUCCUCUCGCGCUUCUCCACACUUUCGAACCCUUUGGAUGCCAUUAUCCGGACCGACCCAAGAAGUGCAAUAACUCAAAGGUCUGCAAUCUCUGGCACAAGAGCGGCGUGAGGUAUAUGAAGACCUGUCAAGCAUGCCCGGACAUUUACCCCUGGACAGGCAAAACUGGUAUACGUAGCAGUCGCAUCGACAACGAGGUCGAUGCCCACGAAUGAGCCGUACCGAGAGGAGCUACAAUCGUUGCGAUCGGGAAGAAUCCCGUCGAACGAUCGGUGGACCCGGGCAACGCGAACGUCUGAAAGACGCGGGAGAGAGGCUCAAACCGCGCGGUGCCAAUCACGCGUGCCUUAGAGGUCCCUUCAUCUCAGCAUCUAAAAGAUAUUUCACUCUUUCGGAUGUUUCUUAGAGAUAUGUACGUUAGAUAUCUAAAGAACGUCCGAGACCAGCAGACGUGCUUUAGCUGCCUUUUAGACGUAUCCUAGACAUCUUUCGGACUUUCGCGUCGCCUGGGAGCGCGGUAGGCGCGAGGGGGGACACUCUACUGUUCGGGCAAGUAAUUUCAAGUAUUAUACGCGCGUGUCCGAACUGGGCACAUUCGGGCCGGGUACGCCGAUGCAAGUCUUACGCCGAAACGACGAAAUCACGUAGAAAUUUACAAGUGGCAAUUCACACGUAGGCCACGUCUAAAAUCUUUCGCGAGUCAAUUUUGUACGGGCGAUUGCCAGAAAAUCGCCGAUGCUGCGAGUCAGGUGACAAUACGGAUGUGCGUGCGGAACUAUCGAAUUAAAUCGCGAAUGAGUCGAAUGAAAUUGAGAAGAUUACCGCGAUGUUAGAACGUAAGUGUAAGAUUACGCGGAGAAUAUUUAAAGCGUUUACUUUCUUUCCUUCAUCUCUCUUUGAAAGAAAGGAGGUCGAUCGAGCGCGCCUUUCCUUCCGUUUCUCUCGUGUUCUCCCCUCAUUUUUCUCUUCUAUUACUCGUCUCUCUCUUCUCCUUUCUCUCUCUGUCUUUCUCUUUUUCUCUGAUUCGCAAACAUCCUUGGCGUACUCGGCCAAAUUCGGCCAAAUAGAGCAAUUAAUUAGCAAUGCGCAGUAAACUAAUCGUCGUAAGUGUAAACGUCGGUCGCCGGAGAUAUUUGUAUUUAAGCAAACUCGCGAUAAUUGCCGCGAUCGAGACUCAUCAUGCGCGGAGGAGGUGACUUUUGUGGAAAAAGGGAAAGAACCGAAGAAAUUUCGCCUUGACGAAGAGAGAGAGUAUCGUGCGCACGAAGGAAUCGUCGUGUCUAUCUUUUAGAACGUAAAAGUGUAAUACGCCUUUAAUAAAUAAAUAUUUCGCUA